GUGGCCGCCGUGGUCCAUCAGAUGCGGCGAGGAAGGACGCGGGAGGACCAUCACUUAAAGUCGCUCCCACAUUGAAACGUGGAGAUGUUUUCAUCGCGAAAUGUGUGGAUUUUCUAUCUGCGGAACGUCUCACUUUAUACAGUCUGAAUAAACACGGGACGCGAGGUUUUUAUUUUGUUUUGUUUUCAUGUUGAUUAUCAGCGCAUGGAGUUGGGAUCAUUAAGCCUCCUUUCGUCUAACGUGGAAGUUUCUAGAAGCUGCGAUGUGAUGCCGUGAACAGAACAACCAACGUUUAUUCCUCUUGGUUUUAGUGACACUUUACGACGAGUUAAUGGCGGCAAAUUAAACUGUGAAAUCACCACGACUAUAGAAUCGCGUCACCUCCGUGAAAUGUGGUGACUUUUUUUUUUUUUUACGCGGAUGUUGUUGUUUCUCACUAACACUCUGUGGCGUGAACUGGCGGGGAAGAUGAACCUGCGCUUCGUCAGCCUUCUUCUCCUCACUUUGGAUUUAGUCACGGUGGCGCUGGGCUUGUCCACAUGCAGCGUGUUGGACACGGAGCAGUUCGAGAAGAGGCGCAUCGAAGCCAUCCGUGGGCAGAUCCUCAGCAAGCUCAAGCUCCGGCAUCCGCCGGUGGACUUCCCCGAGCCGGAGGACGUUUCCCGCGACAUCGUGGCCAUCUACAACAGCACCCGGGACCUGCUGCAGGAGAAGGCCAACAAGCGGGCGGCGACGUGCGAGCGGCAGCGGAGCGAGGAGGAGUAUUACGCCAAAGAGGUGCACAAGGUGGAGAUGCAGCCCAUCUACCCUUCUGAGAAUGUUAUCUCCCCCACUCUCUUCAACCCUUACUUCAGACGCCUAAUGUUUGAUGUGUCCUCAAUGGAGAAGAAUGCUUCCAACUUGGUGAAAGCUGAGUUAAGGAUCUUUCGUCUUCAAAACCCUAGUGCCAGAGUCCCAGAGCAACGCAUUGAGCUAUACCAGAUUUUAACCCACAAAGACUUGGCAUCCCCAACACAACGAUAUAUCGACAGCAGAGUGGUACGAACACAAACAGAAGGCGAAUGGCUGACCUUCGAUGUGACGCAGGCUGUGAAUGAAUGGAUGAACCACAGAGACAGAAACAGUGGAUUCAAGCUGAGCCUACACUGUCCAUGUUGUACCUUCGUGCCAUCGAAUAACUACAUCAUUCCCAACAAGAGCGAGGAGCUGGAGGCACGGUUUGCAGGUAUUGAUGACAGUUUCAUCCACGGUGGUGACCUGAAAGUAUUCAAGAGGCGGCGCCACAGUGUUAGAGCUCCUCACCUUCUAGUUAUGCUGCUGCCCUCUUACCGGUUGGAGUCGCCAUUUCACCACAAAGCCCAUCGGACCAAGAGAGCCCUGGAUGCAGCUUACUGUUCCAAAAACGUUCAGGACAACUGUUGCUUAAGGUCCCUCUACAUUGACUUUAAGAAAGACCUCGGCUGGAGGUGGAUUCACGAGCCAAAAGGCUACGAGGCCAACUUCUGUGCCGGAGCCUGUCCUUAUCUAUGGAGUGCUGACACUCAGCAUUCCAAGGUGUUAGGCCUGUACAACACCAUCAACCCAGAUGCAUCAGCGUCGCCCUGCUGUGUGUCCCAGGACCUGGAACCCCUCACUAUCCUCUACUAUAUAGGCAAGACUCCCAAAAUAGAACAGCUCUCCAAUAUGAAGGUCAAGUCUUGCAAGUGCAGCUAGAAACUCUUGAAAAGCCAGCACAACCCACUACACACCUUUCUUCACACAAUAACGCACCCCACACCAUUUGCAGCCGUAUCAUCUCUUCUAUUUCCACAAGAUGAGACAUACAGAACAAAUAAACCUCAUUCCAAAAGGGGCACGGCGAGGCUUUCAAACACACAGCACACCAUUGGCAUGAUGUGAUACUCGAAAGACUUUGACACCAAUGCGAAGUGCCAAUCAAGCAAAUCCGGGCUUGUGGGUUGAUAUUUGCAUGAGUAACAUGAAUUGCGAUGUGCCGUCAGUUUGUGGCGCCCUACUUGGCUCCAGGCACUAGCGUCUGUUGGCUAUCAGAUGUCAACAUUCAGCCUUUUAGACCCAAUAAACCCUUUUCUCUUGGAAGAGAAACAGUUCAGUUAUGUUGGUGCUAAAUACAGGGCAUUGUUCCCAUGCUGGAAGAUAAGGACAUCCCUAAUAUUUUUUUUCUAAACCCGACAACCAUGAAAUGAUGGACAUUUCUACACGACAUGGGCAUAGACAUGUGUGCAGUAUGUUUGACCACACCGCGGUUCUAUAGUUAGUAGACGACGAUCAAGUGUUAGUAAGUUUGACAGUCUUAAUCAGUAUUGGCUACAGAUAACAGUUCCGUGUCUCAUUCCAUCUCUCAAGUUUAGCUUAGGAACACUCCUCUAUUAUUUUAAUUAUGUUCAUUUUUUCGACCAAAUUUGCUUGUCAGAGACUUGACUGAUGGCUUCACCUUAGAAAUCAUACAAAACAUGUCAAAUGGCAACCGGUGUUACCCGUGCCAUGACAAAAUGUCAAUUGUCAUAAUGAUCGAGUGGCUUUGCAAGUCCAUGCCCUUUGUUUGUCUUCUGAAGGCCAAGUCCACACGAAUCACCUCACGCACUUGUCACACGAGACAUGAGAGUCAAGGCAAACACUGGAGGUUUACGUGAUAAGUGUCUGUUAUGUGAAAUGAUACGAAUGACAUAGCUCCACCCUCAACAUCCAGCCACCUUUUUGAGGGCUUUUUUUUUAUAUAUACUUUGUGCUUUAAUGUAUUCUCGGUUUUGCUAUUUAAGAUGUUCGUGCUUAUGUGCCUCAGCACCUAAGGCAUUUUGAAUAUGGUAGAAAAAGUGGGCAGGUGUCAACCUUGCAUUGAUGAAAUGCAACCUCUUCAACCUUUUGUAUCUUACAGGUGCUGGACAUAUUUAUUAAUACAUUUUCAGGAUUGUCUGAAAAGGUUACCAGAAGAGAUAUUAUGCCAUGUUAGAAACGUGUUUAAUUUUUUUGUAGUUUUGAACAUCAGUCCUGUUAGUUUGUACAAAGGGGAAACAGAUCUUGCUUUGUUGCAACCCAAUUCCUGCAGCAUAUACAGUGGAACCUCAAUUUAUGAACCUACUUGGUUCUGGAAAAUAGGAAUGUUCGUAUAUUGAAGCAAAUCUCUCAAUAAGAAACAAUGUAAACAUGAAUAAUAGGUUUCAGCCUCGAAAAAAGUCCAUAUUUUACUAAAAGUUUGUACACUUUGAACACAAUAUAAAGCGCUAUACAGUAUAGUAUAGCAAACAAACAUAACAAGGGGGAGACUUUCUACAAAACCCAAAACCAGUGAAGUUGGCACGUUGUGUAAAUGGUAAAAAAAAAAACAGAAUACCAUGAUUUGCAAGUCCUUUUCAACUUAUAUUCAAUUGUAUAGACUGCAAAGACAAUAUAUUUAAUGUUCGAACUGAGAAACGUAAUUUUUGUUUUGCAAAUAUUAGCUCAUUUGGAAUUUGAUGCCUGCAAUAUGUUUCAAAAAAGUUGGCACAAGUGGCAAAAAAAAGUUUGAUGAGGAAUGCUCAUCAAACACUUAUUUGGAAUAGCCCACAGGUGAACAGGCUAAUUGGGAACAGGUGGGUGCCAUGGUUGAGUAUAAAAGCAGCUUCCAUGAAAUGCUCAGUCAUUCACAAACAAGGAUGGGGCGAGAGUCCCCGCUUUGUGAACAAAUGCGUGAGCAAAUUGUCCAACAGUUUAAGAACAACAUUUCUCAACCAGCUGUUGCAAGGAAUUUAGGGAUUUCAACAUCUACGGUCCGUAAUAUCAUCAGAGAAUCUGGAGAAAUCACUGCACGUAACAUUGAAUGCCCGUAACUUUCCAUCCCUCAGGCUGUACUGCAUCAAAAAGCGACAUCAGUGUGUGAAGGAUAUCACCACCUGGGCUCAGGAAAACCUCAUAAAACCACUGUCAGUAACGACAGUUUGUCACUACAUCUGUAAGUGCUAGUUAAAACUCUACUCUGCAAAGCGAAAGCCAUUUAUCAGCAACACCCACAAACACCACCGGCUUUGCUGAGCCUGAGAUCAUCUAAGAUAGACUGAUGCAAAGUGGAAAAGUGUUCUGUGGUCUGACGAGUCCACAUUUCAAAUUGUUUUUGGAAACUGUGCCAACUUCACUGGUUUUGGGUUUUGUAUUUAAUAAAGUCAAAACAACAACAAACUGAACAGUCCUCAUUUGCAAUCGCCCUGCCGACGCACACACACUGUCACAAUGCUUCCUGAAUGGUUCAAAACACACUCCACUUGUCCAUUACUUUCUUUGGUUUCAUAUUUAGCUAAAAAAAACAAGAAACAUGUUGUCAAAAGGCUAAAAACAUACACUAAAGUAUUAAAUCAGCACAACGAUGCUGUGCUGAAUGAAUGAACACCGGAGAUUGAUCAUUGAUCAAUGGGUGGAUGAAACGUCCGUACACUGAGACAAGGUUUAUACACCAAAGCAUUUUUUUUUUCGGUCUGUGAUUGGUAAAUUGAAAAGUUCGGACAAUGAGGGAUUCGUAAAUCAAGGUUCCACUGUAGAAUAUUAUUGUGUUGAAUUAACGAGCUAUAAGGACGAGAAACAUUUAAUAUACUCAAAUUUGACCACACCCAAAGACCUUUCAUAUUGUUAAGAUUGAUUUUUUCAGACCCAUUAAUAUUGCAAGUAUAUUGAUAUCAUUGAAACGGAAGCAACUUUUAUGAUGCACGUCAACAUGUUACAUUAAUAACAGUAUUUAUUACUGGGAAUGAAAAAUAUGUUUAUUCUUUAUCCUCAAACACGAUCUCCCAGUAACAGAUUAAGAUUUUUACCCUGUAGUUCAUUUUAAAGUGAAAUAAUCUGAAGUUAGUAUGAAAUUUAUAAAACAGUUCUUCUCCCGAGAAAGUUUAACUCUGUUUUUGUUAUUUUCACAUGUACUGUUAAGCUUCAACGAGACAAGUGUAAUAAACAGCGUUGUUGCAAUGGGAAUUUAUAGGAAUCAAUGGGAAUAAACUAGAAAUGUGCAUAAUUCUUAUUCAGUUAAUUUGUUUAGGAAUAUUUUAUUUUAUUUUUUUUUUAAUGAAGGCUCUCAAAUUACCAUAAAUCUAAAUAAAUAAUUAAAGGGGCUGUUUGCUACUUCCUCAUAGUAACAUUUUUCAAACAUAUAACAAGAACACCACCGGAUGGCUUGUGUUACCCAUAGUGGUUUAACGGAACACAUUUGUUUGACAAUUGUCUAUACUUUUCACAAUUACACAUUUGUUUUACCAGCCCGAAUAAAAUGAUUGGUGUUUACGGCGGUCACUCACCCGUACUCGUCAACACGUACGCGAAGGGAGCGUGUGCACACAAUAUUUUGACUCGGGGGGCUAAAUUUCGAGAAAAAUAUGUGUCUGGGGGCCGGUAUGUAUUUUUAGGAACACUAAUAUAUAAAAACCUCACAAUAAUGUAUGAUUGAAUGCUAAAACGUUAUGACAGACCGCCUUAAAAGCGGAAUGGAAUUUUGAAUUUUUUUACUGAAUGAGACACCCAAAAUGUACAUGAAAAUAUAGAAUGUGGGAUUUACAAUAUUACCUAUGAACGAUAAAACACUGAAUAUUGACAACAUAAGAACGUCACACCCCCUCUCGAUCGACAUAUUUUACAAUCAAGCGAAACGCAACAAAAAUGCAACAAACACAGCAAAAUAUAAAUGCAACGGGUAAAAAAAAACACCUACAAUCUGAUAUCUCACUAAACUUUAGAACUUUGUUGUAAAAAUCUCCUUCAGCGUCUGUCCUGACACCCGCAUUUCAGGCUGGUCGCUCUGAAAACACUCUGUGGAAACGCUCCCCACCCACACUGCCUGGUGCCUCGUCUGAGCUGCUGUGACUUAGAUUACCAUAGUAACUAAUUAGAUGACCAUAGUAACUAGUAUAUCAUGCAAAAGCGCAGAUUCCAACCAUUGAAAUACUUUGUAUAGUUCAAGACUUCCGGUCAUUUGAAAACAUCACUGCACAUCAUAAUGGCAGCUACAGUUUCCAUAUUAAAGGUUAAAAAAAAUUAUUUGAGUGUCCGGUGGGCCAGAUUGAAAAGAUUAACGGGCCGCAUGCGGCCCCCGAGCCUUAAUUUGCCGAGGUCUGAGCUAACAACACCUAUAGUUAACGUGUAUGUACUUAAUUAUGCUAUUACAUACUACGGUUGUAUGGUAUAGUACCGCAAUAUUAAUGAAUCAUAUUUGGUAUUAUACUGCCUCUAAAAAGUACCGGUUCGCCAUGGGUGGAUCUACACCUAACAUCCACUGUAAUGAUACCAAGUACAGUAGCGUAUCUAGUCGAUACUACUAUGAUUACGUCAAUAUUUUUUGGCAUCACAUCUUCUUUGGUUUUUUUAAAAUUCAUAUUGUGUUUUUAAACUCAGGAAAUAUGUCCCUGAACACAUGAGGACUUUGAAUAUGACCAAUGUAUGAUCCUGUAACUACUUGGUACCCAAAUUUGUGGUAUCAUCCAAAAUGUAUGUAAAGUAUCAAACAACAGAAGAAUAAGUAAUUAGUACAUUUUAACAGAAGUGUAGAUAGAACAUGUUAAAAGAGAAAGUAACCAGAUAUUAACAGUAAAUGAACAAGUAAAUUAAUAAUUCAUUUUCUACCACUUGUCCUUAAUAAUUUUGAAAAAUAAUAGAAUGAUAAAUGGUAUAUGUCAGCAGAGUCAAUUAGGAGCCUUUGUUUGCUUACCUACUACUAAAAGACAAGAUGUCUUGUAUGUUCACUAUUUUAUUUAAGGACAAACAUGCAAUAAGAAACAUAUGUUUAAUGUACCCUAAGAUUUUUUUGUUAAAAUAAAGCCAAUAAUGCAAUUUUUUGUGGUCCCCUUUGUUUAGAAAAGUAUCAAAAUAAUUUUGGUACCGGUAUCGGGACAACACUAUUACAUAGAAGAAGUCGUAAAAGGGCGGCAAAUAGGGUGUAAAAUACACAGGAAAGUUGGCGCCUUUUAGUCGAAGGCACAUUUUUGGGAAAUGCAAAAGUGCAAAACGUAUACAUAACUUUCUCCUACGCUGCCACAAAAAAAGAUGUAUUAUAUUGUUACUUUUCUUCCAUCACCUCAUCCUUGUUCCAAAAAUGUUGCAAACAGCCCCUUUAAGUCAUGUUUAUAAUGUAUGGGUUUGCAUGCAUAUUGCCUUUGACAAAGCAAAAUAUUCCUAUGCUCAUA